AUGAAUUUUAUUCUGUGCGUUUUCCUAAAAGCCGUAGUGACAUGGUGUGUCGCGGGGAAUCUGAACCUAAACCUUUUUUCUAACUUGGUCGACAUAGACAUGCAAUUUUUGGAUGCGCAUAAAAAUGAGUUAAUAGAAAAGUACGUGGGUGAGGAGGACCACAUGGUGUAUGAACAGAUUACGAAGGACAUGCAUUUAAAAAAGAAUUACGUCGAAGUGAUAAUCCGGGGUGACUUGAAGAACAAGGGCGAUAAGAGCGUCGACAGCUUUUUCUUCUUGCUUCCCUACCACGAGGCCUUUCAGGCCAGCACCCUCCGCGUGAGAGACCAGAACCAAGGCGAGCUGCAGUACCAAGUCCUGCAAGAGCCAAGGCGUGACGCCAACGAAAUUGAAGUGGACCCUUUCAAUGAGGACUACGACUUGAAUCAAUUCCAAGUGAAGGUAUACAGGGUGACCCUAAAAAGGAGAUUACACAAGGAUGAAAAAGUCUCUCUCCAUUUUGGAUAUGCCCUAGGACAGCCCUACUUUCCAUUCCCUAUUGACAUGUCCCCAGGGGAAGGACAGAAGGUGAUGUUUUACCUUUCCUCGAAAAUUCUUUUGCCCUACGAUGUAGAAGAGAAGGAAGAAUUAAAAAUAUUUUUGUGUAAAAGUUGUGCCAUCGUACGGAUAGAGGAUAACGAUUUUUUGAGGAGCUUCGUAAAGGUCAAUGAUGAGACGUAUGUUUGUGAGAAGGGGGGAGGAAGAGUAGUGGGUGAGCUUCCCCAGGGGGAGGAGGCUGUCCGAAACGAUCAGAACGAGUUCGUUGCAAAGGGGAGCGAAUUGGGUCGGUUCACGCUUGGGCAGAAAGCGCUGUUCUACUUCCGCGCGAAUAACCAUUUAGGCUACUUCGAGAGAGUCACCAAGGACAUAAAAUUAUCUCAGUUGGGUUUUGUGUACGAACGGGAAGAAUACAUCCUGCGGAAUGACGCAGCAAGGAUACGCACAUUUGAUAGGUACGUUCUUAGCGAUUACGAAAGUGGACACGCGUCGGAGGGGGAGGGGACGGAGAAAGGAGCAGAAACAGGGACAGGCACCGGGACAGGGACAGGCACAGGCACGGACGAUCAGUCCACCACAAUUAUUUACUCCAUGAAGUCGAAAAUAAAUUACGACAUACACGAUUAUGAAUACUUUGACGACCUCGGCAAAAUAUAUCUCAUCCAAGCGGAAGAAAUUUUUGAUGAUAAAAAAAAAACAGCCAUAUUCACUUUGACUUAAAUGAAUCGAAUUUGUAUAAAAUUAAAAACAAGGAGAAUUAUUAUGCAUACAAAAUUGACAUUUCCCCAUCCAUCAAUUGUUUCGAGGGAUGACAGUGUUAAUGUCCUGACCAGCAAGCAGAAGGAGUGGCUCGAUUUGUUUUCCUUCCGAAAUGUCAUUGAAAUUCAAAUCGAGAAAUUCUUCCCCCCAAUGGACGAGAACUACUACCAGGACCUUCUCGUCAUGUACAAGUUUAGGUUUUUCAACCUUUUUUGGAAGCCCCUCCUGGUCAUACUCAUCACGUUCGCUGUGAUCCUCCUGCUCUGCCUCUUGCGCGAGCUCCCGUUCGACUUCAACACGGCGAAGGAGAACGCGGAGAAGAGGAAAAGCGAAGAGCACGCCACCUUCCUCGAGAAGUGUAAAGAGCUGUACGAGAAUCUGUCCUACAUAUCAGACCAACUGAUCCAACCUCUGAGCAACCUGACCCCCGAGGAGAAGAUGAGGCAGAAGGUGAAGCUCUUGGAAGCAGAAGAAAAAUGGACGUACGAUUUUAUCUACUUCACGAAAGAAUUCUACAGAAAUUUUGAGAGCUCCUGGAGCAAGCAGUCUCUGCAGAAUUACAUUGACAAGUGUUUCAAUUAUCACGCGAUUGUGAAAAAGUACUUCGAGGCGCAGCUGCUCAACGACUUGAACUUCAACCUGAACGAAGUCGCGCAGGCGGAGAAGGAACUCUUGCUUCUGUUAAAGUACACGUAG